AAGGAGACUGCUCUUUGAUCUCCAUUGACUUUCUGCUAGCCAGCAGUCGCAUGCUAAUCGGUAAUGUAAACACACCGUUUAGCAGAAGAUUCCGAAUUAUCGGCAUUUGUUUAGUUUAUCUAUUUACUGCGUAGUACUGUAGCCUCGCCGUUUGAAAGCUGUCAGCGACUUUAGUGGUUAUAAACAGGUUGACCUUCGUUGCUAAGGGGGUUUAAUAUAAACGCCACAUCUGGGCUCUCUUUACUUUGCAAGUAUGCAGGUGCAAAGAGUCGUUCUCAACUCACGACCAGGAAAAAACGGGUCUCCAGUUCCUGAAAACUUCCGCCUGGAAGAGUUUACUUUAACACCUGACCUGAAAGAAGGGGAGGUUCUUGUUCGGACGCUUUACCUCUCCGUCGACCCUUACAUGCGAUGCAGGAUGAAUGAAGACACCGGUGCUGAAUACCUGACUGCAUGGCAGCUGUCAGAGUGUGUGGAUGGUGGAGGGGUCGGCGUGGUCGUGUCCAGCCGCUGCACUGCCUGCGCCGAAGGAGAUGUCGUCACUUCAUUCAACUGGCCUUGGCAGACACAUGCUGUUAUGGCAGGAAGUGGUUUACAGAAGGUUGACCCACAGUUGGUUGAUGGGCAUUUGUCCCACUUUUUGGGUGCUGUUGGUAUAACAGGCCUCACCGCGCUGCUGGGCGUCAGGGAGAAGGGUCACGUGACCAAAGGGGCCAAUCAGACGAUGGUGGUGAGCGGUGCAGCUGGUGCCUGCGGCUCCUUAGCUGGGCAGAUUGGCCGACUAGACGGGUGCGUGAAGGUCGUAGGAAUCUGCGGAUCUGAUGAGAAGUGUAAAGCUUUAGUGGAAAAUCUGGGCUUCUCUGCAGCCAUCAACUAUCGUCAGGAGGACGUCCCGGCAAGGCUCAAGCAGAGCUGCCCUGAUGGCAUCGAUGUUUAUUUUGACAAUGUGGGAGGUGCCAUUAGUGACACUGUUAUAGCCCAGAUGAACAAUGGUGGCCAUGUGAUCCUAUGUGGGCAGAUCUCACAGUACAACAAGGAUGUACCGUAUCCUCCGCCCCUGAGCGAAGAGACUCAGGAAAACCUGCGACGUAAGAAUAUCACCCGUGAGCGAUUUAUGGUGCUCAACUACAUGAGCAAAGCAGACGCAGCCCUCUAUGAGCUCAGCCAGUGGGUUAAAUCAGCCCAAAUCAAGGUGCUGGAAACUGUGGUGAAUGGGAUAGAAAAUAUGGGAGAUGCAUUUUGCUCCAUGAUGAAAGGGGGAAACAUUGGCAAGCAAAUUAUAAAGAUAUCCGAGUGAAGAAAACCAGUGUUGUUUCCGGGAGAGGCUGCGAUCUCACCACACGCCUUGGGAAAUUAACCAGCAGUUGCCUUUCUAUCACUGCUAUUAACACUACUGUAAUGAACUCUAAAAAGAUAUUGCAUUGAUUAGCAGAUGUCAGUUGAUUGCAGCUAUGAGCCAUUAACACACAAAUAAUUUAAAUAAAUAAAAAUAAUAAUGCAAUGUUCUUGGAAAUUGUCAUCUGGAGACAAAUGGAAUAUAAAAGGCAAAUGGGUUUUUAAUAUGAUAUGUGUUAUUUUCAGAAAUAAAGCAAUAGUUAAAUAUAAAGUGGAUUUUUUUUUAUUAUUGUCUCUUGAUAUUAAAAUGAUUGCCCUUGAGACAAUGUCACAAGACACAACAGGUACCUCAUUCUACCAAAAUUAAAAAACAAAAAUUUUAUCAAACACCAGAAUAUUGUAAUUAAAGUUGAGUGUUUCAAAAAAGUAUUAAGCUUUUAUUUUCUCAAUUUUAAGCCAUUUGAGAAAAUUGGAUUUUGCAUGCUAAAAUGUUUUGCAUUAGCUUUCCAGCUGCUAGCUUGUUCAAUCUUAUUACAUCUAACUAUUUUCUGUUAAAUGGUUAAUGUUGGACUCAAUGUGUUCACGUGGCAUUGGCCUGUCUACUACUAGCUUCCCAGUACUUUAGGCCAUUUUUAUAUUGAUUUUUUUACCUUAAAUGUCAACAUAAGUAUUUUUAAGUAGCAUUAGCAUGCUAACGUAAUUUCCAUUAGCUUUUAGGCUACUAGCUGACCAGUACUUGAGAAUUAGUGUUUAAUAUUGGUAUUUUAAACAAUUUUUUUUUUAAAAUUGUUAAUGUGAAACUAAACAUGUCUAAACUGCAUUAUCUCGUCUGCUACUAGGUCCCCAGUACUUUUGACUCAAAGGGUACUUUUUAUAUACCUUGCCAAACUAAACAUGCUAAUAUAAUUUCCGUUGCUAGGUUGGUGCUGCUUAAACUACUACCUUUUAAUAUUUGACUAUUUUAGUGUUUAACACUAAAGAUUUUAAGUAGCAUUAGCUUGCAACAAGGAGAAUAAUUCAGGUGCUAGACAGCUUUAAAGGGAUAAAUAGGUCAUUCACUAACUGGUUUAGUUUUAAAUGAGCCAUCGCUAAAGGCUGAUGCUUAAUGUGUUCUCUCCCCACCAAUGUUUUCAGUUAAGCUUCAUAAUACAUCCAUCCAAUUAUCACAUAAGCAUGAGGAUAAUUGGAAAUGGGGGGGAAAAAAUGGUUAGCACGGGGAAACUGGGAAUAGAUAAAAUGAUUGAAUACAUGCCAAGACCUAAAAAUAGUCAAUCUAAGGACUUGAAAAUGAUCUCAAAGGGGAUAAUUAAUGUUUUUUUUCUUUAGAUAAUCUGGGUUAAAACAAAGUAUAAAGCUUUAUAUUUCUGAAAACUUAUAAUUAAGAGUAUUAAUAUUGAAUUUAUCAGUUAUAUUGUUGACUGUGUUCUUGCUCACUCCAUAAUGUGAAACAUUAUGCGAUCAACACACACACGAUUUACUGUAAUGAACAUUUUUAUUCCACAGCACUAUAAACCAUUAAUAAAAUAAAAUCGUGGUUGGCUCUAAUUUCAGUUGUCACAAGAAAAAUAUGUGGCAGGUGUAAAAUCGUCAUCUACUCAUUCAUAUGCGUCAGUGCUUGAACACGGGAGGGGAUCCAGGGGAUGUCAUGUAAACACCAGUACAUCACUUACAGAGCACUCCUUCUCAUUGAUGCAGUCAUUACGUCUUGUCAACAGUCAAAUUGGUGUACAGCGGGGAGCCAUCGCAUCCAGAUUUAUACAUAAUCAAUAGGUGCCACUGGAACACUUGGAGAAUAAAAAAAAAAGAAAAAGAAAAGGCCCAUGCAUAAUUCUGAGGUGGAAGUGAAAUGCAGCACAAUCAUAUCUCAUUACCAUCCAAACACAUCCAAUACUGCCUCCUAGUGGACAAAUAGCUUCAGAGGGAGACACUUACAAAAACACAUUUAAUCCAAAUAUCACUUAAAUUAUACACUUGGUAGCAAGUAGCUCCUGUGCAAAUGAGGAAGGCUCAUCUGUGCAGCGAGAGGGGGGGAAGUUAUUAAACCGUGGCCAACAAGAGUGCACAUAAUUUAAUUUUCUCAGUGUCGAGCAGCUGUUCUAAUAUUAAACUACGUGUCUUGUCAUAGCACUGAGCAAUUAUUCUGCACUCGUGAUGGGUAAGGUUUAAAAAAAAGAAAGAAAA